CGCUGGGUGGCCCAAAUUAAAGAAAUAAGAAAAAAAUAGAAUAUAGUGUUGGAUACAGCUUAGAAGCAGAAGUCCUCACGACGGCCCUCCUUGUAUCCUUUUUCAUCUUCCCAAGUUUCUUCUUCGUUUGCCCAUAAAAAGAAAAUCAAGGUUUCUUCUUCGUCUCUUCGUUUUGUCUUCAUAGUUGUAGAGAACAGGUUGCAGUAGAGAGAGGGGGAUUACAGAUGCUCUGCAAAUGGGGAAAAUCGACGCUCAACAGCAGCAGCAGAUGCAGGAUGGGGAAGGUGGCGGCUCUUCGGCAUUCUUCUGCGAAAGUUGUUCGAUGGGUUUGGCCAGAAUCGGGAAAGCGAUCAGUUUCAAAUGCAUUUUCAUUUUAAUUCUUAGUGUCGCUGUUUUCUUUUCUGCUGUACUAUGGCUCCCUCCCUUUCAUCCGUUUAAAUCCGUUAUUGACGCCUAUGAUGCACCUGACCUUAAUGCUACUGUGCAAGCAAGCUUCAGACUGCCAAAGUCAGUUUCAUUGCUUGUUCACCACAUUGGAACACUAGAAAGUGAUAUAUUGGCAGAAAUAGGAGUGCCAAACACAACAGUUUCUAUUAUAUCUCUGCACCGAUCUGUUGUAUCAAACAGUACUGAUGUGGUUUUUGGUGUCCUUCCUGCUCCGAAGAAUGUUCCAAUAAAUACAGUCUCCCUAAGUGUUCUGAGGUCAUCUUUGAUAGAGUUGGUCCUGGGGCAUAUGAAUCUGUCCUUGACAACAUCAAUUUUCGGGCAUCCAUCUUUCUUUCAGAUCUUGAAGUUCCCUGGGGGAAUCACAGUGAUACCCGGGCCAUCUGUUUCUAUCUGGCAAAUACCGCAGAUCCUUUUCAACUUUACUCUGUACAACUCAGUUUCUCAAGUACAGGAAAAUUUUGACCAGUUCAACGACCAGCUGAAGUUUGGGUUGCAUCUGAGAUCCUAUGAAAAUGUGUAUGUGCAGGUGACAAACAAAAAUGGUUCAACAUUGUCUCCACCUGUAACAGUACAAGCUUCUGUCAUAUCAGCUACGGGGAACCAUUACCUUCUUCCACAGAGAUUGAAGCAGCUAGCACAGACAAUUACAGGAUCUCCUCCUGCAAAGAAUCUUGGCCUUAAUAACUCAGUUUUUGGUAAAGUGAAGGAGAUAAGCUUGUCAUCUAUUCUAAACUGUACACUCCAUGGGUCUCCUUCUCCAUCUCCUUCUCCAUCUCCAUCUCCAUCUCCAUCUUAUGCUCCUGCUCCUUCACCUCACCAUCAAUUCUCACGCUGUCUCAACUGUGACAAUGCCCAUCCAAAAACUCCUGAGCAUGAUUCACAACCUCCAUCAGCUCCAGUGUCAAAGACACCUGCACCCUCAGUGGUGCCAUCUCGUUUCCCAAGAAAGGGUCCAUGCAGUGGUUCCAUAAUUACACCAAGCCCUUCUCCGACAGUUCAUUCUGACACAUCUACCCCAGAGUUAUCACCUCAUGCUGCUAUUUUAUAUCAACCUUCCCUGCAUAAUACACCACAAUUGUCCCCAAAAAUCUCGCCUAAGGUGUUUUAUGGCCCCAGUCCAGAAUCAGAAAGGAGGAGUGGUGAAGUGUCUAAGUCUGUAUUGUCACCCAUUUUGCCAUCCCCGUCAUCUUCUGUGGCAAGAUUACUUCCCUGUAAGGAGGUGUGGCUUUUGGGAUUGUUAGGACCCUUGAUAUUUCCACUAUGUAGACUGUGUUGAUAACGCUCAUCAUGCAAGGACAUCAAGUCAUCAAUUUAGUCAUGCGUUUUGGCUGCCUGUAUGCACAAAUCUCCGCAGGCUGACAAUUUUGCUCAUACCCUGUUGAUCUUUAUCAAGUAGAUGCUGGAGUUAAUUAUAUUUUUGAUGUAGAAGUUCCCUAAGCAAGUUGUGGGGACCUCUCAAUCAGGUAAUAUCUAUGUAUAUAAACUGGAAGAUGAAUUGCAGGUCAAAGCCAGAAAGGUGGCAGGCCAUCCUAUUCUACAUCUUGUUGUGAAAGUUUUAUUCCCAAGGGAAGAAAGAAGUUAAGAAGCCCAUACAAGUUUAGAAGCAGUUACUGUUUUGCAGUUGUAGAAAGAACCAAGUACUUAAAGUGAUCAAACUGAAAACAAAAAUGGAAAUUUUGAAAAUAGUGAUAUUUCAGAAUUUUUGGACACCCCUCACUGUUUAAGUAGGCCAGCUGUUGUCUGGAUGUGUCCCACGUUGCCAAAUGCCAUAACCAAUAACGGAAAUGGCAACCAAGUACAGGAUAUAUUGUAAGGUAAAUACAAAUACUUGUUUAAGGAAUGGAGUUAUUAACUUAUUAUGAUCAUUUUUUAA